AUGGAGACCACUAUUCCCCUGAUAGCGGAUUUCAUAAUUGCUGGAGGAGGGGCUGCGGGGUGCAUUGUCGCAGGCCAUCUAGCAGAGGCACACCCAGAUUUGGACAUUCUCCUUAUCGAAGCGGGCCCGGAUAACAGGGACAAACCGAAUGUGACCAUUCCGUCGCUCUUCAUAACUAACCUCGACCCGGGCUCAAAGGUGCAAAAGUUCUAUGACGCAAAAACCAAUAGCAAGCUGGCAGACCGAGCAAUGCCUAUUAUGUCCAGCCAAAUAUUGGGUGGUGGAAGCUCGAUUAACUUCAUGAUGUAUUCGAGGCCUCUAGCCUCUGAUUUCGAUGCCUGGAAAACGGAUGGAUGGGGCGCACAGGACAUGAUACCACUCUUCAAAGAUCUUGAGAAUUACUGUGAAGGAGAGCACGGAGUGGGGCGAGAUACCCAUGGCCACACAGGACCGCUGAAAGUUAGCCAUGGUGGAGGGUUUGUAGGGCAUCAGGCUGAAGUCGAGAAGUGGUUGAAAGCAUCGGCCAUCGCAGGAAUGAAUAUCGUCCCUGACGCUCAAGAUUUCAAGACCACGAACGGCAUAUCUGCAAUGCCAUCGUGGGUUGAUGCGCAGAAAGGCCGGCGAUCUGACCCAGCACACUAUAUUCUUCAUCCCCUGCUCGACAAUCGCAGCACAGGCCUCAAAGUGCUGCCAGAUCAAACUGUCAACCGCGUCCUCUUCAAUUCUCGGAAGCGGGCCAUUGGAGUUGAACUAGUCUCGAGCACUAUUAUACUCGCCCGCAAGCAAGUCGUUCUGUCUAGUGGCACCUUAAAUACACCUCAAAUUCUCGAACGCUCUGGCAUUGGCUCCCAAAAACGCCUGAGAGAGCUACAUAUCCCCCUAGUGUUUAACAACAACGCCGUUGGAGAAUCAUACAUGGACCAUCAACUGCUUCUGGUCAGCUACAUGUCAAAGACCGAUCCAACGAAGACGUUGGAUGCACUUUGGCAAGGGCGUCACUCCCUGGAUCAGAUGUCCGCAGGUGGAACUGGUAUAGCAGGCUGGACUGGAGUUCUCAUCGGGGGCAAGAUCAAUCCUACCGCCUCGGAGCUAGAAGCGAUGGAUCCGGAGUUUCAGCAAGUUUACAAAGAGGACUAUGAGGCACUUCAGAGACCUGUCGCCUUUUUCGCAGGUGGUUGUUCGCUCGUUAGCCCUUAUGUUUCCACAGCACCGCCAGGACAAUAUUUCACUUUUGCACUCGCCACAUCGUAUGGGCGCUCGCGAGGAUACAUCCAUACUCUUGGUAAUCCUCUGGUAAACGGGCCCGAGUUUGACACAGGGUUUUUCUCAGACCCGUCCGACAUCAAGAUUCUGGCAUGGACAUACAAGAAGACAAGGGAAAUAGCACGGCGAAUGGAAGAUUACAACGGAGCAUUCCUUCCCACGCAUCCCAAGUUCAGUAAGUACUCCAGGGCCAGCUUUGAACUCGAUGAUUCGUACCUGAAGGGAGUGGGCAGUGAUAAAACAAAAAUAAAGGACGUUGUCUACACAAAAGACGACGAUGAAGCGAUUGAGUCGUUUCUAAGGCAGUCGGUGAGCACGAUGUGGCAUUCCGCGGGGACCUGCGCCAUGAAGCCACUAGAGGAAGGGGGUGUUGUAGAUAAAGACCUUAACGUCCAUGGCGUCUAUGGUUUGAAAAUUGCAGGUAAUGAUUUGCUUCCUCGAUCUUGA